AUGUGGAGUAUGGUGCCGGAUGUAAAGGCAACUGCAGUGCCCGGAUGUGUGACGGAGGGUCGGGCACCUGUCCCCGAGACACAGGCUUGUGUAGUGAUGGGUGCCAGUCAGGAUGGACAGGAGAUGAUUGUACUCAGAGUGGUAUGUGAUGUCAAGAUGUUAAAGGUGGACAUUGCACACGAAGUAUGUGAUGUGACACUUGCGACUGUUUCAACUCCUCAAUCCAACGACUCAAACGGAGCUACGAUUGGUGGUAUCGUUGGUGGCGUGUUAGCAGUGGUCGUGGUUGUACUUGCUGUGAUAGGUGUUAUGUUUUACAGGAGAAAAAACAAUGCCAGCAAUAUCAACAAGGAGCACUCCAUCUACGAAGACAUAUCAGCUAUGGAACCAGACAGACACCAGGUGCAAACAUCCCAGGGAGUAAACAGAGACAAGGGGGAGGAGAUGGAGGAGAUGGAGGAGAUGGAGGAGGAGGCUGACAGAAACUCUUACUACAACAUCAAGGCUCCAGUUAUAGUGACGGAAGUGGCUGUGGACAAACUAGGGGACGGAAUCAGAGAACUGCAGGCUACUGAAGGAGGAUUCGAACAGGAAUUCAAGGUAGAGCCUCAUUUUAUCUUCCAAUACCCACGAACUCAUGGUAUCAACAUCAAGUCUGGCUAUCAGGUUGCAUGUCACAACACAACAGCGUAACACUGAGAGAAUCACUAUGAAUGUCAUUGAUAAAGAGAGUGAAUGAAUGUGUCUCUAAGGAUGUCACAUGUCUUUUUGAGAGACGCUUUGUAUCGUUUAAUUAUGCACGAACAUGGAAUGAAAGCCCAUGGCAUAAAGUUGA